AGCCGGCGGGGGGCGGGGAGCGGCCGCGGCCAGACCCACCGGCAGCCGGGCGUGCGGGCGGACGCUUCCUGGUCAGCCUCCCCCGCCGCAGCCCGGGCGGGAACGGGCUGCCUCUGAAGAAAGGAGAAUGGCGUUCAGCAAAGGAUUUCGGAUCUAUCACAAACUGGAUCCUCCACCUUUCAGUGUCAUCGUGGAAACCAGGCAUAAGGAAGAAUGUCUCAUGUUCGAGUCUGGGGCCGUAGCUGUGCUUUCAUCUGCAGAAAAAGAGGCAAUCAAGGGUACAUACUCCAAAGUGCUUGAUGCUUAUGGACUCUUAGGUGUUUUACGAUUAAAUCUUGGUGAUACUAUGUUACAUUAUCUGGUGCUAGUCACUGGAUGUAUGUCUGUUGGAAAAAUUCAAGAAUCGGAGGUUUUCCGAGUUACUUCCACCGAAUUUAUAUCACUACGAAUUGAUUCUUCAGAUGAGGAUCGCAUUUCAGAAGUGCGAAAAGUUUUGAAUUCGGGAAACUUUUAUUUUGCGUGGUCUGCAUCUGGAGUCAGUUUAGAUCUGAGUCUUAACGCACAUCGUAGCAUGCAAGAACACACAACCGAUAAUAGAUUUUUCUGGAAUCAGUCUUUGCACUUGCACCUCAAGCACUACGGCGUGAAUUGUGAUGACUGGCUAUUACGCCUCAUGUGUGGGGGAGUAGAAAUCAGAACAAUCUAUGCUGCUCAUAAGCAGGCCAAGGCUUGCCUCAUUUCCAGACUCAGCUGUGAACGAGCUGGGACCAGGUUUAAUGUCCGGGGAACAAAUGAUGACGGCCACGUUGCUAAUUUUGUAGAAACAGAACAGGUUGUGUACUUAGAUGACUCUGUUUCUUCUUUCAUCCAAAUCCGGGGGUCUGUUCCAUUGUUCUGGGAGCAACCAGGGUUGCAGGUGGGAUCUCAUCGUGUUCGUAUGUCAAGGGGAUUUGAAGCCAAUGCACCUGCUUUUGACAGGCAUUUUAGAACGCUUAAAAACUUAUAUGGUAAACAAAUAAUAGUAAAUUUGCUUGGAUCUAAGGAAGGUGAACAUAUGCUAAGUAAGGCUUUCCAGAGUCAUUUGAAAGCUUCUGAACAUGCUGCUGACAUCCAGAUGGUGAAUUUUGACUAUCAUCAAAUGGUUAAAGGAGGAAAGGCAGAAAAAUUACAUAGUGUUCUUAAACCUCAAGUCCAAAAGUUUGUAGAUUAUGGAUUUUUUUAUUUCAAUGGAAGUGAAGUUCAAAGAUGCCAGAAUGGCACAGUUCGAACAAACUGCUUGGAUUGUCUGGAUAGAACAAAUAGUGUGCAGGCAUUCCUUGGCUUAGAGAUGCUAGCUAAACAAUUGGAAGCUCUUGGCUUAGCCGAAAAGCCUCAGCUGGUGACUCGCUUUCUGGAAGUUUUCCGGUCAAUGUGGUCCGUGAAUGGUGAUUCGAUCAGUAAGAUAUAUGCGGGCACUGGAGCCCUCGAAGGAAAGGCGAAGGCUGGAAAGUUAAAAGAUGGUGCUCGUUCUGUUACUAGAACGAUUCAGAAUAACUUCUUUGACAGCUCCAAGCAAGAGGCCAUAGAUGUUUUACUACUGGGAAAUACUCUAAAUAGUGACUUAGCUGACAAAGCUCGAGCACUUUUAACUACCGGAAGUUUGCGCGUUUCUGAACAGACAUUACAGUCAGCAUCUUCCAAAGUACUAAAGAGCAUGUGUGAGAAUUUCUACAAGUAUUCAAAGCCCAAGAAAAUUCGGGUAUGUGUUGGAACCUGGAACGUGAAUGGUGGGAAGCAGUUUCGCAGCAUAGCUUUUAAGAAUCAGACACUCACCGACUGGCUUCUCGACGCGCCCAAGUUAGCUGGCAUCCAGGAGUUUCAAGAUAAAAGAAGUAAGCCAACUGAUAUAUUCGCAAUUGGUUUUGAAGAAAUGGUAGAGUUGAAUGCUGGAAACAUUGUGAAUGCAAGCACAACAAACCAAAAGCUCUGGGCUGUGGAACUGCAGAAGACCAUCUCCAGAGACAACAAGUAUGUGCUGCUGGCUUCUGAGCAGUUGGUGGGCGUCUGCCUGUUUGUUUUUAUCAGACCCCAACACGCUCCCUUCAUCAGGGACGUUGCGGUCGACACCGUGAAGACCGGAAUGGGAGGCGCCACUGGAAACAAGGGGGCCGUUGCCAUACGGAUGCUGCUGCAUACAACCAGCCUCUGCUUCGUCUGUAGCCACUUUGCUGCGGGCCAGUCCCAAGUCAAAGAAAGAAACGAAGAUUUUGUAGAAAUAGCGCGAAAGUUGAGUUUUCCAAUGGGAAGGAUGCUGUUUUCCCACGACUACGUAUUUUGGUGUGGUGAUUUCAACUAUCGCAUUGAUCUCCCUAAUGAAGAAGUUAAAGAGCUCAUAAGACAGCAAAAUUGGGAUUCUCUUAUAGCAGGAGAUCAGCUUAUCAAUCAGAAAAAUGCUGGACAGAUUUUUAGAGGAUUUUUAGAAGGAAAAGUUACCUUUGCUCCAACAUACAAAUACGAUUUGUUUUCUGACGACUAUGACACCAGUGAAAAGUGCCGCACCCCUGCGUGGACAGACCGUGUCCUCUGGAGAAGAAGGAAAUGGCCUUUUGAUAGAUCAGCUGAAGAUUUAGAUCUUCUAAAUGCUAGUUUUCAAGAUGGAAGCAAAAUCCUCUACACGUGGACUCCUGGCACUUUGCUGCACUACGGAAGAGCCGAGCUAAAGACUUCUGACCACAGGCCUGUCGUUGCCCUGAUUGAUAUAGAUAUAUUUGAAGUUGAAGCCGAAGAGAGGCAGAACAUUUAUAAAGAGGUGAUUGCAGUUCAAGGUCCACCAGAUGGGACAGUAUUGGUCUCAAUCAAAAGUUCUGUCCCAGAAAAUAAUUUUUUCGAUGAUGCUUUGAUCGAUGAGCUUCUGCAGCAGUUCACAGAUUUUGGUGAAGUUAUACUCAUAAGAUUUGUAGAAGACAAAAUGUGGGUUACAUUUUUGGAGGGAAGCUCUGCCUUGAGUGUUCUGAACCUAAAUGGUAAAGAGUUAUUGGGUCGGACUAUAACUAUUACUUUAAAAAGUCCAGACUGGAUCAAAAAUCUGGAAGAAGAAAUGAGUUUAGAGAAAAUUAACGUUCCGUUGCCGUCAUCGACAAGCUCUACCCUGCUCGGUGAAGAUGCGGAGGUCACAGCAGAUUUCGAUAUGGAAGGUGAUGUUGAUGACUACAGUGCUGAAGUUGAGGAAAUUCUUCCCCAGCACCUCCAGCCGUCCUCAAGUUCUGGCCUCGGCACUUCCCCGAGCUCUUCACCCCGAACCAGUCCCUGCCAGUCACCAACCAUAUCAGAGGGUCCUGUGCCUUCCCUUCCCGUGAGACCGAGUCGGGCACCAUCAAGAACACCUGGGCAUCCAUCUUCACAAAGUUCUCCUAUGGACGCUCUGCCGGCAACACAGCUGCAGCAAAAAGAUUCUCAGACCUUAGAGCCCAAGCGGCCUCCUCCUCCCCGCCCGGUGGCUCCUCCUACGCGCCCCGCCCCCCCACAGAGACCACCCCCACCUUCAGGACGCACUCAGCCUUCACCUCAGGCAGGACUCCCAGGCCCAGGACCUGCUGGAUACAGUGCAGCCAGACCGACUAUCCCGCCCCGCGCCGGAGUGAUCAGUGCCCCACAGAGCCACGCUCGGGCAUCUGCUGGAAGACUGGCUCCUGAAAGCCAAAGCAGACCGCCGGAAGGACUGAAAGGUUCAGUCCUUCUUCCCGAACCGCUGAAGCCUCAGGCUGCGCCCCCCGUGCAGCCCUCUCUGCCCCCGCCCGUUCAGAAGAUGCAGGAGCCCCUUGUCCCCGUGGCAGCGCCUCUGCCUCAGUCCGCCCCCCAGCCAAGCUUGGAAACCCCGCCGCAGCCGCCCCCUCGGAGCAGGUCGUCCCACAGCUUGCCUCCGGAGCCUUCGCCGCAGCCGCCGCAGCCGCAGGUGAAAACAAAUGGAGUCUCUGCCGUCAGACUGGAAUCACCCUUAAAGAGUGACCCAUUUGAAGAUCUGUCAUUCAGUCUGCUUGCUGUAUCAAAGGCUCAGUCAUCCAUUCAAACAUCAUGUGCUCCAACCCCAAACCCAAAGGGGUUGAUUCAGUUGCCUCCUGCAACACAAAGUAACAUGAAUACUUUGAGUUCUGUAACUUGCAUGCCUCCAAUUCCAGCCCGGAGUAAAUCCCAGGAAAAUAUGCGAUGUUCUCCAAACCCAUUUAUUACUAGCUUGACCAGCACAAAUCCUUUCACCGACAGGACUGCAGCUCCCGGAAACCCAUUUAGAGCCGAGUCUCAAGAAUCGGAGGCAACUUCGUGGCUCUCCAAAGACGAGCCUGUUGCCAGCAGUCCUUUCCCUUCCCUGAAGCCUCUUGGUCAUAACAAUAGCAAGCCUUCAUCAUUUGAUGGUUUUAAGGACAGUUUUGAUCUGCAGGGCCAGUCUUCGGCAAAAAUCAGCAACCCAAAAGGAUGGGUAACCUUCGAGGAAGAGGAGGACUUUGGUGUGAAAGGGAAGUCAAAGUCCUCUUGUCCAGACCUACUGAAUAAUCAGCCGAGUUCGCUCUCUGGCUCCAACGUGACCUUUGAUGAUGACUGGAAUAAAGGCACAAAUGUUCCUUUCUGUGUGUUGCCAUCAAGACGACCACCUCCACCUCCUGUCACUCUGCCCCCACCUGCCACCACCCCUCCUGUAGCUCCUUUCACAACCUUGCCAUCGAAGGCAUCCCCCACACUAGACUUUACAGAAAGAUAAGGUUAUGCAAUAGAAAACAGUUUUGGAUUUGUUUGUUUGUUUUUCAGUUUGGGCAGGUGAGAGCCAAAAGAAUUGGGCAUUAGUUCCUCAUUAUGUGCAAUAUGGAAUUGUUAAGUGCACUGAUGUUGUCACGAAAUACCACUAUUUAAUGUGUACAAAGCUGGAAUAUGUGUAUAUUGGAAAUAAGGAAAAAGUCCUUCUCAUUAUUAACUGGAGUUUUGGUGUGUUUCUGUUUGGAUAAAUAAGAGAGAGGAGUAGCCAUAAACAGUGCUCAAAACUACUUCAGACAGUAGUCCUUAUUCAGAAAUUCUGUCCCUCUUCUCUGAAGAACCUUAAAAAAGCCCAAACAACUUCUAGCUGACAUUCUUGCCUGCUCUUUGAUACUUGUUAACAAUGGUGUUUCCAGGUAUUUACCGAAGAGCUAUCAGAGUUAUACUGAGACCAUUGUGAAAGGCAUGGCUUUAAAACACAAAAAGGCAUGGGUACACACACACACACACACAUAGGUAUGUAUACACUUACAUAUUUGUAAAACUUAGGACUCAGACAAAAUAUUUACCUACACGUUCUAACAGAGUUAUUUUUUCGGUGUUUCAUUACCAAAAGGAUGGCUGUACAUGAAAUUUGGACAGUUCAUUAAUUUUCUUUCCAAAACUAGCAUCUCACUACAGAACCAGACUUUCCUACCAUUUCAUCCCCCUCCCCCAAACACACACGACCCGCAUCUUUGUUCCUUUGCGCUCCAGCAUCUCCAGAUGCUUUUUUUCCGGGAGGAGGUUCUUGGGGCUGGAAGCAGCCUAUUUUGUGGUCACGGUCAUGUGGAUGGACACUCCAGCCCAUACAACAAAGCGCUAUGGCCUUAUCUCUCAGGAAGGCACAUACCUCCAAGUUCAAUGAGGAAUAUCAGAGCUAAACGCACUCCCCUCUCUCUGCACUAAGGUGUAUGUUGCCCAUUCCCCUCCCACACUUUCCCUUUGCUGCUUUCUCUCCGGAACUUCAUAGCAGGGAAGGCAGCGGUUCUCAGAAUGCUUGGAGUUGAGGAUCUACUCCGCGUGUGUGCUCUGUCCCCAUCAGAGGCUACGCAACACAUCUGUGAAGCUGCUUUACAUUUUUAGAGGCUACCCCUCAAAUUAGCUGUGGAUUUUGUCUCCCGCACUGCCAAUAUGCAACUGACCCUGCUCUUGUCUCAUGAAGUUCACAGAAUUUUUACACAAGGUAGUGUUUUGGUAUCAUCACGUAAUCCCAAACAGAAAACUCCGUGAGCGAUGUUUUGUUGUCAGCUUAAGUUAAAAUCAUCCUCAGCCGUUGAGACUGAUACUAACAUUCCUUUUAUAGGAAGUUAUAGAUGUCCACCUAAAUUCCAUUGUCCACAUUUAACCUUUAAAGAUGUGCACUGGGAGAAUAUCAAAA